AUGCAGUCCUACUUGGGUGAAAGAGACACGAACUCCCGCAAAGCCCAGGCCGGGCCACAGGAAGCGCGCUCCGCCUCCCCGCCUGCGGGUUCUCACUUCAGAAGCCGCCUCUGGCUUGGGGUCGCCUCGGAGCUCACGGCCGCCACCAAGUUCACGGGGCGCUUGCGGCUCCCAUUUCUGCUGUUUCUCCUGCGCGAGAUCAGUGCGGCGCAGGCCGGGUUGGUCCUGGGUGCGACGAACGGCGGAAGAGAGUCAGCUGCUCUCUCGCUUUCCUACAAUUUCUCCAUCACAUCUCAGCCCAGGCCUGGACCAUCAUGGUGUGAGAUUCAAGGCCAGGUCAAUGGAAACAGGUUUCUUUUCUAUGCCUGUGGGAGCAAGGAGGUCAAACCUGUUGGUCCUCUGGGGAUGAAGCUGAAGGACACCGCGUUUUGGGGGACACAGAGGGAACCUCUGAAAGACCUGGGAGAAGAGCUCAGAAAGAAACUGCUGGACAUCAAAGUGGAGAUUUUGAUGAAGAGUGAUCCUCUCACCCUGCAGGGCAGUCUGAUGUGUGAGCGUGGGGCCAACGGACACACCAGAGGAUCCUGGCGGUUUGCCUUCAAUGAGCAGUUAACCCACCUCUUUGACCCAGAGAACAGGAAGUGGACAGUGGUUCCUCCUGGAGGCCAACAAUUCAAGGGCACAUUGGACAAUGAUGGAGAACUGACCAAGCUGCUCAUGGGGACCGCAAACGGAGACUGUAAGCGCUGGCUCCAGCACGUAUGGGAGCACUGGGAUGAGAUGCAGGAGACCACAGGUAACUCAGAAGACUGGAUGGAGUGCUGGUUCUCUUGAAAUGACCUGGACCUGCCCCACAGUGUGGGCGGUGUGUGUGUGUGUGUAUGUGUGUGUGUGUGUGUGUGUGUGUGUGUGUGUGUCUGAGGGAGAUAGAGAUAUUCAUCCAUCCAUGGCAAAUGUUCCUGGCAGAAUAAUGGCCACAGGAAUGUUCUAGCAUCUUUCCUUUCCCUUCCCACCUCCUGGAAUUUUUUCCUCGCUGCACAUACCUUUGUGCUUGGGCAUUUCUUGGAUUUCUUGCUGCCCCA